AUGCAGAAUCCGACAGGUCUUCGCAAAGGCUUGGUGGCUCAAUGGAAGGCAGCACAAGGAACUAUGGAGAAGUUUGCCUUUCUGAAGGCAUUCCUUCUUGAUCGGGAGAUGGCAUCAAUUGAGAUCCAGCCAUACUAUGAGGAGCUUUCGGAAGACAAAACCAAGGAGAAGUACUCCGAGCUACCAUUGUGCCGGAUUCGAGAACAAUAUGAGCACCUCCCUGGCGGGAAGCAGUACGUUGCCGACCUGAUUGCCAGUCAAAAAGGCAAGAAGCAUCCACAAUCCAACGACGAUGAGAUGAAGUUAUAUAAAGUAUUUGUGGGUGUGGAUACCACGAGCUACUUGGCUUCACUUCUAGAUUCUGCAACAGUGGCUUUCAGAUUAUACGACUAG